UCCUCGCUUCACUCGUUGGCGCGAAAUUUGAAUGUUUUGUGCGUGACUUUGCAUUUUAGACAUUGGAUUAUUGUGAGACUAUUUUGUGUAAAAGUGACUUUAACGGAGCUUGGUGAAUUAUGAUGGAUGUUUGUGUAUCAUGAGCGAAGUAGAAGAGAAUGAAGCGAGCCCUCCAAGAGCACCUCACGUCUGUCUAAAGACGUGGCAGUAGACAACAUGGACGCACGGGCUGUGCUGACGCUGCUGGCCGUCUUUUGUUUUUACUCAGAUCCAGUAAAUGGCGGGCUGAGUGACGACUAUGGGAGCAGCGGAGAAGCACCUUACAUCAUCGAACAGCCUUUGGACGUCACGGUGGCUCGUCACCAGCCGGCCACUCUCAACUGCCGCGCUGGAGGCUCGCCACCGCCUAACAUAAAAUGGUACAAGGGAGGUGUGCUGGUAGUCUCCGACACACACCGUAGUCUGUUGCCUGCAGGUGGUCUGUUCUUCUUAAGAGCGACGCACGGCAGAGCUCACUCAGAUGCAGGAGUCUAUUGGUGUGAAGCAACGAAUUCAUAUGGAACAGCUAGGAGUAGAAAUGCAACGUUACAUGUUGCAGUGCUACGUGAGGACUUUAGAUUAGAGCCAGUGUCAACACAAACUGCGCAAGGCGAAACUGUAAUAUUGGAAUGUUCGCCGCCACGAGGUUCGCCUGAUCCAACUAUUUACUGGAAGAAAAACGGCCAGGUCCUGCAUUUUGAUGGCGAUUCCAGAAUGCAUUUAGUCGACGGUGGCAGUCUAGUUAUACAAGACGCGCGGCAAACGGACGCCGGGAGAUAUCAGUGUAUAGCUCGGAAUCCAGCGGGGACAAGGGAAUCGACGGUUGCUACGCUACGAAUCCACAUUAAGCCGUACUUAAUAACGGGCCCCGAGGACGUGGUGGCGCAGACCGGCGGCAGCGUGACGUUCCAGUGCCGAGUGGGUGGCGACCCCCUCCCGGACGUGCUGUGGCGGAGGACGGCCGGAGGAGGCAACAUGCCACUCGGCCGCGUCAAAGUGCUAGACGACAGGAGCCUUAGGCUCGAUAACGUUGUUUUAGAAGACGAAGGAGAGUACAGUUGCGAGGCAGAGAACUCAGUCGGCGCCGUAAGCGCGACAGGGUACUUGACUGUAUACGAUCCACCUAAAAUAUCAAUUAAUCCCAACUCUGUAACAGUAGAAAAUAGCGCACCUGCUACAUUUACCUGUACGGCGUCAGGUCGCCCCGAACCGACAAUGUUCUGGAGUUUAGAGGGAAAUAGGACAAUAAUACUGCCCGGCACCUCGAAGGGCAAAUACCACGCCACGCCGGUUAUUAACGGCGUCACUACAUUGACUGUAAAUGAAACAACCAAAAACAACAGCGGCAUCACAAUAGUUUGUUCGGCGGUGAAUUUUGCGGGCAGUUCGUUUGUCAGAGGAAAAUUAACGGUUACGUCAGACGAUGACCGCCCACCUCCAAUCAUAACAAACGGGCCCUCUAACCAAACGUUACCUAUAAAAUCGAUGGCAGUUUUCCCCUGCACAGCCGUCGGCACACCUGAACCAAUCAUAGCAUGGUAUUUCGGAGGGGAAGCGCUAAUACAAAACCAUAGAAGGAAUGUGUCUAAUGACGGAACUCUAAUAUUAAGAGAUUUAGAUAAAAGCGACAGCGGCAUGUACACUUGCGUUGCCUCUUCGCAUCACGGAAAAUAUGUAUGGAGUGGUGUUUUACUAGUAGAUAGCCCAAUAAACCCAAACAUACAUUUCUUCCGGGCGGCAGAUGUGUCGUCUCUACCCGGAGCGCCCACUAAACCGCAAAUAUACAACAUAACGGAAAACACUGUCACAAUAUCAUGGAAUCAAAAUAACAAAAUUGGAUCGUCAUCCAUACUCGGAUACCAAGUGGAAGUGUUUUCGAGAGAAACUCUUUCCGGAAAUAACACACCUAGGAAUUCUCGAGGCUGGGUAGUGUUGGCAAAGAAAAUACAACAAACGCAAUAUGUAGCGAGAUCUUUAGUUCCUGGCGUUACCUAUAUGUUUAUAGUGAGAGCGGAAAACUCGCAUGGCUUAUCCGGGCCGAGCCCGGUCUCCGAUCCUGUAGUAGUGGGUGAAAGCGGCAAUGCCCUUUGGGAAAACGGAGCGUUUUCGAAUAAUACCGGAUUUAGAAAUAACAUCAUGACUGAUAACAUCGUAGAACUAAUUGAAGCAACGCCUAUUGACUCGAAAACUAUUAAGUUGAUGUGGGAAAUCUUAAACUUCUAUUAUCUGGAGGGAUUAUUUAUAUAUUACAGGCCUCUUGAUAAUGCUACAACAGAAUAUCAAAUGAAGACUAUCUUACAUUCAAACGAUGUAUCUGGCUACGAAAUAACGUUUUUAAGGAAGUAUACAAAAUACGAGUUUUUCCUUAUUCCGUUUUAUAAGAAGUUCGAAGGAAAACCCUCUAAUUCCAGAAUUGCUCAAACGCUCGAUGAUGUUCCAGAAGGCCCACCAAUAAAUAUUGAAAUGUUUAUCUUCAAUACAUCAACGGUUCAUUUAAAAUGGUCACCCCCAGAACGUCAUUUACAAAAUGGACUGAUUACGGGUUACAAUGUUUUGGUAAAUUGGUUAGACUUUCCCGCCAACAAGUCAAUGGUAGCCAUAAACACGACAGUGCAUCAGGCCACGAGCCUCAUAAUGACAAACUUAACUUCCGGAGUCAGUUAUUCGGUUCAAAUUGCAGCUGAAACCGUCGUGGGGAUGGGCCCAUUUAGUCAAAAGGUGUACUUGAAUAUCGAUUCCCGUUCUAUUGGAUUGGAUCCUUUAUCAAGAUAUCCCGUAAAUGGAGAAGUGUCUAUCGUAGCCGGCGACUUUGUAAUGGAAACAUGGUUUUACGUUUUGAUUGGAGCGAUCGUUCUGUUAAAAGUAAUUGUGAUUGGCGGAAUCAUUUACAUCAGAAAGCAUAAUAUUUUCGCCAAAAAGUCAUCCGCUCUUCCGAAUAUAUACGAUUCAAACGGAACGAGCUUAGUAACGCAAAUGAACAUAAAAGCCGCGGUUUCCCUGUCCCAUCCGCUCACCAGUUGCUACAAUAAGAACACUGUAACAAAAACGGAGUCACUGCUUUGGAUGGAGAAUCAGCCUGGAUUAUGUAUGACGGGUACUCAGACCAACCAAAACAAACAAAAGAUGAAUUCUGAAUACGAUAAAGUAGCGCAGCAGUUGCCUGAAUAUGCAGAAGUGACGUCAUCCAAAGUAAUGGGCAAUGAAUGGAACACGAGCAAGACGGCCACUUCUCCGGCGGCGUACGCUUCCGUCACUCUUGUUGCCAAUACGAGGCAGUGUGUCAGUUCACUGGGUUGGUUUCCACCGGGUGGCAAAAAUAUUGACAACUUCGACAACCGGUAUGCUCCAGAUGAAGAACUUUAUCCAGCUAGUAAUGGAGGUUAUUAUAAUAGAAAUGUGUAUAGCGAAAAAUACUUCCAAGGUCACCCCAACGUAUUGAAAUUCUAUGAUUUACCAUCAAUGGAUAAAACGCAGAAAGCCCAACUAAGAUACAAUCAGAGUUUAGAUGAGAGAAAAGUAGAUAAAAACCAAAUGUCUGAAGUUACGCAAUCACUCAUCGGCCGUACAUAUGUUAGCUCUAGGAAAAAUUCUGAAACUGAAACUACUUAUAGAGCAUUUGGGGGAGAUGAGUCAGAUGACGAAUCAUAUCCUGAAGAUGGUGGUUAUGAUGAGCUACAAGCAAUGCAGUCUCAGAGACAAAGACCACAGCAUCAGUAUGAGAGGCCUAAUUUUGACAAUGACAGUACCAGGACGCUGGCGCGUCUGACAUCGUUCCGACACGGCCAAGCCUCGACGAACGGCGUCUCACAGAGUUCGCUUGCGCCGGCGCACCCUCCACUGCCUCCGCAUCCACGGGCGGACUCCGUGACCCGGUAGUAUCACGCCCUGCCGGUUUUCGGCGACUUGUGCCAAACGGACGUGUAGACCGACCUUUAAUAAAUAAGUCUAGUGAUGCCACUAAGAGAGAUCGUAUUCUUCCUGAUGGUGUACAGAUUAUUGACAAUUUAGAAAGCAUUUUGAAAUUUGUUUUAUAAUUACGUCUUUCGGUAAAAUGACUUGUGUCGUGAAUGUUUUAAGGCGAAUAUAGUGUUAAGAACUUUUGAAAGUAUACUAUCGAGAUUGGCCUACUAAAUAUUUUGACUGCCUAAUUUUACAACGCAGUAUAUUAUGUACAUAGCUGCGUUUUUUCGAGAGUUUAUAUUAAUUUAAAGUAGUUAUUUUAAAUUAUUAAACUACACCUAGUCGUUUGUAAAUAAUAAAUCCAAUUGUAAAUAAUGUAUAUAAAUAUUAAUAUUAUGUGUGUUUAGUUAGCACGAUAGAUCGAAUGUACCUCGAUGAUGAAAACGUGAGGCCAUACAUCAGUUGAGAACCAACCCUUUUCACUAUAAGUACCACAUACUUUGGUCUAAGUACAACUCGAAUCUCAGAACUUAUUCAGUAUUAAGAUACGGAAUUUUAAAGAUAGUGACAGAUUUUGCUAGUGAUGUGCAAGUUGCGGAAACUUUCCAAAAGUCUUAAAUUUCUUGAAACAUUCACGAAAUUUUCACGAAAAAUAAAGAGAAUUUAAAUUUAUGAAAUGGAAAGUUUCCGAGCCAUCUAUACAAUUGUCCAUACAAAGUAUGGAAAGUUUCCGAAUUUUUCCUACAUUAAAAUUUCAGAAUUUUGGAAACUUUCCGUCGGCACAUCAGAAGAUUUCAGCUGUUGGCAUUCUAUUUUAUACCUAUAGCUAAAUGAAAGCUUCCCGGAUUCCGGGAUGAGAGACUCGUAUACAACUUCAUAACGGUGUUUGAAGUUAAAAAUUACAAAAAUUCCAUUUGGUCACCAUUCCCAGUUUACAUCUAGGUAAACAUAAAGUAAUUAAAUAUGUUUUAUGCGUUCUGGUGUUUCCAAAUUAGAGAGGCAGACAAAAUUUUAAAUAACACAAAAUUUUCUGCCAUUUUUAAGGAAUUUUACAAUUACUGACUUAUACACACCAUGAUGAUUUUUCGUACGAUUUUCCAGCCUCAGCGUUGUGUAUCAUUUUGCAUUUUUUUAGGCUUAAGAUGACUGGGCCGAUUUUAAUCGAUCUAUUGACUUUUUAUAGUGAUUAUGUUAUCGGAAUUGAUAGAAUUCAAUUGAUAUGUCCGUCUGUAUAUCAAUAAACGAAUUUGUAUCCACGAUAUCACUAGUUUAAGCAUUAAUAAACUUAGAACCAGAAUACAAAACUAUCGCUUGGCAAUAACUUGAAGUAAUGUUGAUAUAUUGUAGAAAAUAUACUAAUGAGUCCGGUUAUAGUUACACUUAUAGGUUUUCUUUCACGAAUGUCUUUAUUACAUUUCUAAAAACUUAACUGAUGAGUUUAUUUUAAUACUUAUUUUAGUUGUAAAACUUGUGCCAUAAAUUUUUUGUACUAUAAAAUUAAAAUUACCUUAUUAAGAAACAUUGGAGUUGUGAAAUAUAAUUCAAAUAAAACUUUUUACAAAAGUAAAGAUGAUAAUCUACGUAAAUUAUGUGAUAUUCAUUAUUAUUACAUAUGUAUAACCAUUUUAUAAGAGUACAUUUUGCAACAAAGGUGAAAAAAUUUAGUUCACUCUGAGCUAAUUAAGAUGUAGUAACAAAUAUAUCCUCGAAUCGGUGGAGACCUCGCCUGAAACCGCGAGCCUGAUGUUCGGACGACAUCAGAAAGACGGCAGGGCCGACCCUGCACAGAACCGCCGCAUAUAGAACGGAAUGGAAAUCCAUGAAAGAGGCAUAUGUUAGCAGUGGACACGAAUAUGUUGAGAAGAAGCAGAAGAAAAAUAUCACAUAUAUCAGGAUCAUUUCAUAUACAUUUCCUUGAAAUACAUAUUAAUAAGUAUGUACCUAUUACUCUUAUUUUUUAUUUGAGUAAUUCAUACUAUAUUAUUUUCUGACUGAAAUAACCCCAAGCGAUGGUAUUCAGUAUUCACCUUUGUUGCGAACUGAACUUAGCACAACUUGUAUAUCUGCAUAUCAUUUGUAUUACUUAGUUGAAAUACUUGUUAAACAUGUUAUAUAUUAGGACGUGUUCACACUAAGGUGAUGGCUCUUGAAUAUAAUAAAGCCUAGUUCUACUGAAUAUUAAUUUUAACUAUUAAAAUGCACAAAUUACCUACACAUAGCACAUCUUAUAGAUUGUGAAGACGUCCUUUUGUAUUCAUUUUGUAAAUAAAUACGUAUAAAUAAAAAAUAUUGCCUAUUAUGAGAACUAUGACUUUAUACCUGUAUGUUCUUCUCUGUUACUGUUUCUCCACAAGUGUAAAAGAUUAUUAAGUACAAUACAUUAAAAAGCCAAUGGGCUACGUAUUGGUAUAGUCAGAUAACAAAUGGGUGUCUUUAAAACACUAACCCCCUUAUUUAACGUUCACUAAAGUUAUCAAGCCGAUAAAGUGUGUUUGUCCCGUUCUAUCACACCAAUACGUCGGAAAGGGGCAGAGGAACUUUAUCGGCUUGAUAACUUUAGUGAACUUUUAUGAAUAAGGGGGUAAGUAUCUGUAUUCUUAUUGAAAUAUGUGGAUGCUCAACCAUUCAUUAAUCAAGAUCCGUUGAGCCUGACCAGAAAUACCUAUAUGACUACCUAUUUUCAUGAGGGCGCUGUUAUUUCCAUCUAAGCGGUGAUAGUUCAGUUUAGUAUGAAGAAAAUAGUUCUAAAAUUCCGCAACUUGGUGCGUAUUUAUUUAUUUCUGGUCAGGUUUUAGCUAAAAUGUAGCCCAUUGGUUUAUUUAAUACGAAGUAAAACUACGAUACCUUGCUUUUGUGUAUUAGAACCAGAUUAGUGCAAAAUCUAACAAGAAAUUAUUUCGCCGCGAUGAAGUAUAUUGAAUCAUACAUUCUCUAGUUCCUAUCUUAUGAAUUGCAUCAAAUUUUUACAGGGCUUUAUCCAUUUUAAGAAAUAAAUACGUGUAACUUUAAAAUUAUUUUUAUUAAUUAAAAAAACUGAAAAUUGGAAGCAAUAUCUGAAAUGCAGAAUCAUAAAUUUGAAUUUAUUUUCAUGUGCAGGACUGUAAGGAAAUAUCACGUUUUUAGAACUGUUAAUCAUUUUAUCAAUUUUGAUUUAAGUACUUAAAAUAAAUGGGGAAGUAGUUUUGUAACUUCAUAAAAUGAAGUUCAAAACAUUAAUUUAAAAGCAACCUUAUACAUACUCACUAUACACUAGACAGCAUCAUUCUUAUACUUCACAACAUGUAUGUUGGAAGACACACGUUCUGUUCUGAUUUCAACUAAAUUACAAUGUGUAACUGGUCACUUUUGUUAUGUCUGUAUUAUGUGCUAAAUGUGUUAUACUGUACAUAUAUUAUGAGUAUAGUCAACCAAUUGAAACUAGCGUGCGUAGCCGAAUGCACAAACGCUCACGAAACACUCAAGGAAAUAAACGCACGUAGAAAUCUAUCUCUAUCGCUCUUGCGUAUUAGCGCGAGUCAGAAUACCUUUCGCGGCGUUUCGUUUUCGUUUCGCGUCGUAGAAAUUCCAUUCGGCUACAGGGCCAGGCCACACACUCAGGCCACUGUAGAACUAUGUCAUAGUGACGUUAUAAAUCAGAUCGUAAGUAAUUUCUUAUUGCUUGUUAUUUUGACAUGGUUGUAGGUUCCAAUUGGUCGACUGUACCUCCUACUACUUUCAUCGCCCACUGCCUAUUCAGAACCCCAGACUGUUAAAAAUAGAUGUUUGUAAGAGUAGAAAGAGAGCUCCUUGUAUAUGCAUCUUAUAUAGCAUUUUAUUGUAUUAUAACAUCUAAUAGACCUAUUUAAACAGGCAGGCAAGCACGGUCGAGUGAUAAACGUCAGGACGUCCUUUUCGCACUAAAUAUUUGUAAGUGCGAUAGGGACGCACCCAUGCGAUAAAGUUUAUAGAACUAGUGUGCUGCGCCCGCAGAACUCAUAGGUCUUAAUUUUUUUAUCAAAACAUGACCUAACCUUAAUAUGUGUGAGGUAUAGGAUUUAAUAGAAUUGUAAUUUAUAGCAAGGUGUCUAGUACAUGAUUUCAAACCAUUUACGUCAAAGCUUAGCCAAGGUGGCAAUCCAUUCUCCGUAGCGAAUGAAAUUCCAAUUUCUAAAUCGUAAUGAGGAAGAGUAUCCUUCACUACGGAACGAACGAUUGGCAUUUUGACUACGCACGCUGGUAUAAAACAAUAAGUUAUUUUUACGCUUAAAGAUCACUCUGAAAUAGAUGUGCAAACACGUUAUCUUGAGAUGAAUUUUAAUUUUUGUAAUAGUCUUUGUAUACCUAUUUUAAUAAAAUAAUUUGAACUAAUAA